AACAUUUUUUUCAUCGGAAAAUUUUCUUAUAUUUCACUUCAUCCACACAAAAACACAAAGUUUAAUGUCGAAUUUUGUUCAACGAAAAAAAAAUGAGAAAUUUUUUUUGGCAUUUGAGAAACAAAAAUAAAAUGUCAACAAAAAUAAUAACAACAACUCGUGACGACUCGUCUUUUAAUGAUAGCUCCAUAUGGCCAUACAUAAAGUACGUUAUGUGUGGAAUUUUAAUUUUCAAUUUCAAGCCCAAACAAUAAACAACAGACACAAGGCGAGGUGUGUGUGUGUGUGAUGGUGAUGGUGAUGGUUAUGAGCACACAGUGGUGGUCACCGUUUUUUUUUGUCUUCUGUUGUCGUCGUGCAUAUAUUGAUAGCUGCCAGCCAGAUACAUUCUCACAUUUAUUUUCAAUUCAAUUUCAAUCCAACGAACUUUGUCUUGAAAUUUUUUUUAAUAUUUGCACCUCCCUCUCUUUUUUAUCCCGAACACUUUUUACACAAACACUCUGAACUUUAUCACAUUUAGCCCCAGGAAAAGACUGGCCCCAUUUUUUUUUCAUCUUUGUCCUUUGUUUCACCUGUGUGUGUGUGUGUAUGUUUCGGAUACAUUUCCUGCAUGCAUAUGUUUUGUUGAAAACGUUGUUCAUUUUUAUUAUUAUGGUUUUUAAUCAUCUUAAGUAGUUCUGGUUUCUGGAUCAUUAUCGAUUAGAAUCUUUUUAUUUAUUUUUUUUUUUUAAAUUAAUUCACAUUAUUUCUGGAAUUUAUUUUGAAUUUUUUGUUUUACAUACACAAACAUUUCAUCCAUGCUUUCGACGAAUCAAAACGCCGAUUAUAUCAAUGUACAUAGUAAACGUAAAAAAGAAAAUCUAAUCACUUUUGAUCAAACAUCACCAACAAAAAAAUAUAAAAUAUCAUUCAAUGAAAGUGAUUUACCAACAACAACAACAACAACGAAUAAUAACGAUAAUUCCACCAUCAUCCCCAUCACCACCAUCAACAACAACGUGGCCAUCAAUAAUAAUAAUAAUAACGGCAAAAGGCCAAUACCACCAAAUUUGGAACAAUGGCUAAUGAUGUUUCAUCAAUGGUCAAAUAAUGAACGUAUUGUUGCAUUAGAUUCAUUGGUUACAAGUGAAAUAUGUGAAAUACAACAAAUGAGACAUUUAUUAUCGAUAAUUGAACCACAAUUACAACGUGAUUUUAUUUCAUUAUUACCUAAAGAAUUAUCAUUAUAUGUAUUAUCUUUUCUUGAUCCACCGGAUCUAUUACGUGCAGCUCAAACAUGUCGUUAUUGGCGUAUCCUAUGUGAAGAUAAUCUUUUGUGGCGAGAAAAAUGUCGUGAAGAAGGUCUACUGGAUGAUCAUGAAACAUUAACCGAUUUAUUUGCAUGUCGUAUAUCGUCAUCAUCAUCGAUUUCAACAACAACGAUUGGUCAACCGUCCAAAAUUAUUAUUGGCAAUAAAUCGCCAACAACACCAACAACAACCACGGGGCUUAAAUUUAAUUCAUCAUCAUCAUCAUCAGGUCAUCAUCAUAAUCAAACCACCAUCAAUAAUACAACGACAACAACAACAACAGCAGAAUUUUCUGAAUAUAAAUUAGCCUAUCUACAACAUAAAAAUAUUGAAUUUAAUUGGCGUUAUGGUAUUCUAAAUUAUAAUUCAAAUAAUAAUGAUGAUGAUGAUGAUGAUGAACAUUCAUCGAUUGCAAUGAAUCUAUCGCAACAACAACAUAAUCAUCAGGCACAAGAAAAUAAUAAUUCCAUACAAAUUGAUAAUCCAUCAUUAUGUGUGAAUAAUAAUAAUAAUAAUAAUAAUAAUAGAUCAAAUAAUGGUUUAUCAUCAAAUUUAGUUAAUAAUUCCAAUUCCAAUUGUACAUCAUUAUCAUCAUCAUCAUCAUCGUUAUUAUCAUCAACAUGUGAACCUAAACCAAGAAAAUUAAAAGAAAUUCUUCAUUUAAAAGGUCAUGAAGAUCAUGUGAUAACGUGCCUACAAUUUAAUCCUACCUCGAAUAUAAUUGUGAGUGGUAGUGAUGAUAAUACAUUAAAAGUAUGGUCAAGUAUAACAGGAAGAUGUUUACGUACAUUAUCUGGCCAUACUGGUGGUGUUUGGUCAUCACAAUUAUCUAUUGAUAAUAUUGUCAUAUCAGGCUCCACGGAUCGUACAUUACGUGUUUGGAAUGCAUUGAAUGGACAAUGUUUGCAUACAUUAUAUGGUCAUACAUCAACAGUUCGUUGUAUGUCAUUACAUGGGCCAAAUGUUGUAUCCGGUAGUCGUGAUACAACAUUACGAGUAUGGAAUAUUGAAACUGGUGAAUGUGUCCAUGUACUUGUUGGUCAUAUAGCAGCCGUACGUUGUGUACAAUUCAAUGGACAGCUAUGUGUAUCCGGAGCAUAUGAUUAUCUGGUCAAAGUUUGGGAUGUAAAAUCAGAAACCUGUCUACAUACAUUGGAAGGUCAUACGAAUCGUGUUUAUUCAUUACAAUUCGAUGGUCGUCAUAUUGUAUCCGGUUCAUUAGAUACAUCUAUACGUGUUUGGUGUGCUGAAACUGGAAAAAGUAAACAUACAUUGAUUGGACAUCAAUCAUUAACAUCUGGUAUGCAAUUAAGAAACAAUAUACUUGUAUCCGGUAAUGCUGAUUCAACUGUACGUGUUUGGGAUAUAAAUACUGGACAAUGUUUACAAACAUUAUCCGGUGCUAAUCGUCAUCAAUCGGCUGUAACUUGUUUACAAUUUAAUUCAAAAUUUGUCAUUACAUCAAGUGAUGAUGGUACGGUUAAAUUGUGGGAUGUAAAAAAUGGAGAAUUUAUACGUAAUCUUGUUACAUUACCAUCGGGUGGUUCUGGUGGUGUUGUAUGGCGUAUACGUGCAUCAAAUACUAAAUUAGUUUGUGCCGUUGGUUCACGAAACGGUACUGAAGAGACAAAAUUGUUGGUAUUGGAUUUUGAAACACCACUUUAUACAUCAUCAUCAUCACCUACAUCAUUAUUAUUGAAUAAUGACACAUUUAUCAAUCAUAAUAAUAAUAAUAAUGGAUCGAAAUUAUCGUCUUGUGAUUUCAAUAUUAUGAUGCCAAAUAAUAAUCAUAAUGAUUCCUCACCUGUAACACCAAUAUUUGGUCCAUCCAUUAAUAAUAAUCAAGUAAAUUACAAUGAUAAUAAUAAUAAUCCUCAUAAUGAUGAUGAUGAUGACGAUAAUGACCAAUCACUUUCAUUUCCAUCCACCGCCAAUCAUAAUCAACAUACAUCAACAUCAUCAUCUACUUCCACUUCUUCUUCAACAUCCACCACAUCUUCAUCGUCGUCAUCAUCAUCAUCGGAUUCGUUGAAUCGUUUAUCAUCAUUUUGUUAUAAUUGUAAAUAUGGAUAUAUUGAUUUUGAACAACAGCAGCAACAACAAAAACAAUCAGAUGUUGGCCAUAAUAAUAAUAAUAAAUCAUCAUUAACAUCGACACCAUCAUCAUCACAAUUAAUAUUGAAUUCGAUCUCAUCAUCAUCAUCAUCGAUAUCAUUACAAUCAAUAUCAUCAUCAUCAUCAUCAUCGAUAUCAUUACAAUCAAUAUCAUCAUCAUCAUCAUCAUCGUUGACAACAACGAAAAAAUUGAAUGAUGGUCUGACAGCAACGAUUAAUAGUCAUAAUAAGGCAAGUGAACAAACUUCCACUGAACAACAGCAACAAAGGUCAUUAUUAUCAAAACAUUCAAACAUGGAUCUAGAUCCAGAUGAUGAACAGGCAACUAUAAUCGAAGAAGAUGGUGUUGACGUUAUUAUGAAAAAUCAUCAAAAUCAACAACAACAACAACACGAACAAGAACAGCAUACAGAAACUGAAACAACGGAAUCAUUGGAAAACAAUAGUGAUGACAAUAAUCAUUCCAAAAAAAAUGUUAAUAGCGAUCUAGACGUCGUUAUAUCUGAAGAUCAUCAUCAUGAUGAUGAUGAAAAUAGCCAAAUUUAACAUUUUCACAUAAAUAUUAUCUUUCGCACAGAUGACAACGACGUGGCGAUCAUUUUAUUUUUUUUUUGUCUGUUUUAUUUGUUUCAUUUUAUUUGUGUGUAAAAAAAAUUCAAUUUUUCUAUAUAUAUUAAAAUAAACAAAUGACAUAUAUGUUCAAACACAUAACAUAUGAUGAUACACACACACAUCAUGCCUGAUUUGUAUACUCAUUUUUUUCAUUUAAACAUAGACAAAACAAAACACGAUUUGACCAUUUCUAUACUAUAUAUAGAGCAAUUUUUUUCCAAUUAAAAUAUUACACAAAAAUCAAGUACAAAUGUCAAUUUUUUCUAUACACUACCUUAUAAACAAUUGAAUUU